CAUUCUCCGGCUGUCACUUUGACGUUUUCUAGUGCAAGGAAAGAGCGCGUGUAAAGGCGAUAUAACAUAUAUAAAUCCGGUGUAUGCCAUUUCAUUCUACCAAACUGUUUCUCGUUCCGAGUCGGUGAGCUUUGAGAUACACGCACGUUCGGAUACGUGUUUGUAAUAAAAGGUUAGGAAUUCGGAUAGUUAACCGGAAAAGAACGGUUAUUGAAGAAAGAGAGAUAGAGAGAAACAGGCAGAUAUAGACAGACAAAUAAAGAGAGAGAGAGAAAGAGGAAAUAGAUAUACAAGAGAAAGCUGUCGAAGAAGAACCUCGUACAUAAACAUUCUAAUAAAAGAAAGAGAAAGAUAGAUAGACAUAUACACACGCACGCACACACACAUUCACACACACACACACACACACAUACAUAUAUAUAUAUAUACAGAUAUAGAUAUAGAUAUAUCAGAUUGAAGGAAAGUCGUUCGCCGCCGCACGUGCGUCUUCUUUGGAAGAAAGGAUAGAGAAGGACAACGGUCGUUGAGCAGCGCCGUCGGCGUGUAUCGUCGGCGCGACGUCGGUGAGAAGGAGUGCGAAGGAAUCGAGGAUACGCAUUCGUGACUUUCUUCUCGUUCCGAAAACAUCGCGUGGAUAAAUUUUUCAAAAAAGGAGGAUAAAUAUACGACGUAAAGUGACGCAAUAAAUAUAUCGAAUAAAAGGAGUGUGAGCCCAUUAAAAUCGACUCAUCGUAGGCGCGACGCAGGACGUGCCUGCUUAUAUCCUUGCAAAGGUAAAAGGUACUGGAAUAUUAAAGAAGAGGAAGAGAGAAGGGAAGAGGAGGAGGAAGAAGAAGAAGAAGAAGAAGAAGAAGAAGAAGAAGAAGAAGAAGUAGAGGAAGAUGUCGACGACGUUCCAGGAGAGUAAAAUAACAACGGGUCCUCUUAUGGAGGAGCCUAAGAAGAAUGAUUCCGAUUCUUCUAAGAGCGAGGAAAUGAUUUCGACGAUUAAACGGGAACACGAUUCGACCGAUGAUUUUGAACGGGUUGAACCAGAGAAUUUGUUGUUCGUUGGAGGAGAAGGAGGAGGAGGAGACCUCCUUGGUAAGAAGGAAGAAGGAGGCUCAUUUGAAAAAGAGACGAAGGGAGAGGUUAAGGCGGAGGUGGAGGUGGAGAUAGCGGUGGAGAAAAAGAAGGAAGAGAAGGAGGUGCUAUUGAAGAAGGAGGAGAAGGAGGAGGAAAAAGGUGAGAAAAAGGAAGGGGAGAAGUCGGUAGAAAAAGAUAAAUCAGAAUCGUCGUCGUUGCCGGCGACAAUAUCAUCUACGACGGAACCGCCACGUGUCCAAGAUCAUCAUCCAGGAGACUCGACGGAUUUAAAGAUUAAUACGGAUCAUCAGUUACCAAAUAUUACCAAACGUAGUUCCUUCCUAAACGAGGAUCAGGAAGGUGAGGAGGAAGAGGAGGAAAAGGCUUUACCCGCCACCCCGCCACCUUCCGCUGAUAUCGAGAAAUACAACUCCAUGGCGGAUCCGUUUCAACGGCCGGCAGGUAGGACAACUUCCGCGGAAGGGUUCAACCCCAGGGCGGCGACAGUCGCUUUCGUGGAAACCGAACGAGCCGCCGCAUCAUCGGCACCAUCACCUCAGACCUUAUCAACGAACAGUGCUGAGAACACCGUAUUCCUUGAUUUCUUCGAGAAUACGAACGACUUAAUAACAAACUCUACAAUCUCAGAUCAAACAAAAAUGAAUUUUGAUCAGAGUUUAAAUCCUACAUCGAAAGAUACGAAUGAAAAAGAAGCCGUACCAUCUUCCAACCUACUCGAUCUUGAUUCCUUCCAAUCUUCGACGACGACGACGACGACGACAACCAUUACUCCACCUGUCCCUUCUACAAAAGUCAAUACGAAUAAUACCGAUCUUCUUUCUACUAGUAAUCACGAAAUUUUCGAGCACGUCGACGACAAUAUCACGAAGAACGAUAAGAAAACUCUUGAUGAUCGUUGGAACGUUAACGAAUCGGUCGACGUUUUACCAACGAUCACGAAGAAAGAUCAAAACGACGUUAACGUUAACGACAUUAUCAAAGAAACGAUCGCGACCGAAUCAACGAUUAAGAGGAAGGAUCAGAACGACGAUAAAACAAUUAAUUCUGAUAAAAAUGCCGAAUCUAAAUCUACUUCGAUUGCUACUAAAACAUCAACGAACGUGGCGCAAGACAUUGGGCAUAAGGAUGGAAGGUAUUUUGAUAAAUCCAGAGAUAAGAUCCAAGAAAUUGAAAUCGCACCAAAGGAAAUCUUCAGGGACAUGGGACUCGACGCAUGGUUUAACCCCGAAAGACUGAAUCCGAAAGUGGCCACUCUUAUCUACUGGCGCGAUCCAAAGAAAUCGGGAGCUGUCUUCGGUGCGACCUUAGGGUUGCUUUUGUCGCUGGCCUACUUCAGUCUGAUCAGCGUACUUGCUUAUUUAUCAUUACUCAUUCUUAUCGCCACGGUAGCCUUUCGUAUUUACAAAAGUGUACUUCAGGCUAUCCAAAAAACUUCAGAUGGACAUCCGUUUAAAUAUGUUCUUGACUUAGAUCUUACAUUACCCACCGAAAAGGUGCACGAACUCGCGGAUAUUGCGGUAGCUCAUGUAAAUGCAACUAUCAGCGAAUUACGCAGACUCUUCCUAGUAGAGGACAUCGUCGAUUCGCUCAAAUUUGGGGUUUUACUUUGGUGCUUCACUUACAUUGGCUCAUGGUUCAAUGGAAUGACUUUAAUAAUAAUUGGUGUCGUCGCACUUUUCACGCUACCAAAAGUGUAUGAAACGAAUAAAACACAAAUCGAUGAGAAUCUGGCUCUGGUUAAGGGAAAAGUCGAUGAGUUUACUGCCAAGAUUAAAGCAGCCAUCCCUCUAGUUAAAAAACCUGAGCCAACGAAAGAGGAUUAAAAGAAUCGCAUACACGAUGAGAUAUUUCAGCAAGAACGUUUGAUAAGAACAGUAAGGAUCAUAAUGUAAAGGCAUAAGAAAUGCAGAAAGUGAAAUGAAAGAGAGUAACAGCGCGUGUGGAUAGAACAAUAUGAACGCAAAAUGAAGAGAAAUUGCAGAAGCUUGAUUGGUUGAAUGUAUGCGCUGCGAUUGCUUGAAAAAAAAAAAAAAAAAAAAUGUAGGAAAGCGAAAUUGUGAACAAGAAUGUCACAUAUGUUGAAUCUUUGUCGGCAUGCGUUAAAAAAAGAGAGAGAAAUUGCUCUUUUUAAGAAAAGCUAAAAGAAAAAGAAAAUCGACCAAAGAUUCAACGUUCAUGCAUUCAUUGACAUUUUGUUCACAAGUAUCUUUAUUAUGAAAGACAGAAAGGUAUAUAAUGCUUAGCAAUUAAUCAAUCAUUCAUUAACUAUGAUACAAUGGUGGCAUAUUUUAACUAGCUGUAAUAAUGCAAUCUCUAUGCGAGGAUACUUUUUAGAAAUCUGUUUCGUCGUAAUCUUUAACUAACGUGUUUCAUAAUUAUCGCAAAUUUUCGAUAUCCUUCUUCACUUUACGUCCACUUGUUUUUGGUACUACUUCACAUCAUUGAUGUAAAGCUAUUGUAAGCGUUAAUAUACAUGCUUAAUGUAUAUAUACAUUAUAUUAUGUGAUUUAAUAUCAAGAACAAGGGGUACUGUUGUACAACAUAUGAUAGUUUUAAGUUUUCUUUUAAUAAAUGAGUUUUUCCUUUUCUUUUAUCAAAUGAUUUUGAAAACAAGAAUAUAAUGUGUAACAGUUCCCCUUCCGCAGUGUCUUAUGUUGUUUGUUAGCGCGUUUAAAAAUCGAGAGAAAUUAUAAUGCAAAUUAUACAGUGUAUAUUAUGUCUAACGACGUUGACAGUUACAUAAUAUUAUCAUAAUUACCAUUAUUAAUUAUAAUUAAAUUUUUAAUAUAUGUAUAUAUAACAGGGUAAACCUAUCCAAUUCAGUGAUAUUAAAAUUUUCUUAAAGAGAUGAAAGUGUAUGAUUUAUAAAUAUGUGAUAACAAAAAUUUAAUAUUUAAUUAUAUAGAAAAAUCAUGUAAUUAUUAUUUUUAAUGGAACGCAUUAAUUAUCAAGAGAGAGAGAAAAAAAAAAGAAACGUUUAUUAAAAAUAAAACUUGUCAAUUUUUGUUGUUUGAUCGAUGCAGACAUUCUAACUAUGAUGGCUGUUGCGGAACUAGGUAGGUUUCCCUGAUAUCUGUCUGCAUGUAUAUGUAUAAUGUGAAAAAUACAUUAUAUAUUAUAUGUGUAUAAUGAAAAAUGACAAACAUUUAAUUGUAAAAUUGUUGCACGAUAACAGGAGGCGGAACACGUUAGACAACAAAAAAUAAAAAUGUCACUUUAUAUUAUAUCAUGGUACCUAUCUAGGCCAAGACCACAUGUUUGUAUUAAAAAUUGACAGCAAAAUGUUGACAAUGUGAAAUGUAAUACGCGUAUCGCUUCUUGAAGUUCCCAUUAUUGCAUCUGCAUCCAUACGAUUAAUUUAUAAAUAAAAUUACAUUGAAUAAGAUAUAUAAA